AUGGCCGACGCUGCUGUUCAAUUACCUUAUCUCUCAUCUCACUAUGCAAUUCCCGAAACGACGCUCACUACACUUACGCAGGCUCCGACUGUGGAGCUUGUCAAUCAACUUCUAGAAUCAAUCAACAAAAAGGCCCAUGAAUUCGACGAGCUCAAAUCUGAUAAGCUUCGCUUGGAGGUCGAGCUUGAGAAUGCUGUCCGCAGCAAUGAUUCUAAGCUGAAAGUUUUGAAGACCAGCGUGGAGAAGGGGCACGCGGAGGUCGCAGAUCUUAGAAAGAAACUCCACGAUGCUGAAACCACCCGCUCUUCACUUGAGACCGAAAUCGCGACACUUAAAUCGUCUUCCACAUCGAAUGAAUCCGAAACCACUACGCUCAAAUUGCGCAUCUCCUCUUUAGAGGCAUCCAACCGGGAUACAUUAGCCUUGCUUGAGUCCAAAUCCGCAGCUCAUGACAAGCUAGCUGAGGAGCUCUCGGUUCAACACAAGAAGACUAUCGAGCUCCGACGCGAACUCUCCGCUGCAGAGCAAAACCUCCAGAACUCGAAUGCGGUUUCUGCCAGUGCACGCUUCCGCGAACAAAAUCUUCAACAGGAACUUGAUCUCACUAAGAAAAACAACGAGUGGUUCGAGACUGAACUGAAGACAAAGUCUGCUGAAUACAUCAAGUUCCGCAAAGAAAAGGGUGCCCGGAUCUCCGAGCUGCAACGUGAGAAUGAAGAGGCAAACUCGACUAUUGAUUCUCUCAGGCGAAGUGAGAACUCACUCAAGAGCCGCCUUGACGAGACGGAGCAACGAUAUGAAGGCGCCCUGGCCAGCAUUCAUCAAUUGAAGGAAGAAGCUAUCCAAGCAACUGAAUCUUUCCGCAUCGAACUUGACAGCUCUAACCGACUCGCCGAACUGCAAGGCUCCUCUGCUCAGAUUGCCAAACAGCGCGUCCAAGAGUGCCAACUCGCCCUGGAGAAGACGAAAGAUGAUGCUGCGCAGGAAAUUGCACGCAUCCGCGUGGAACUGGAAACCGAGACCAACGACAAGGUGGCCGCGGAACGUAGGAUAGCCGAGCUUGAGGCGCUCGUUGCUCAGCUUGAAGCUGAACCAACCCGAGGCAGAUCAGCAAGUCCUGCACUCUCUAUCAAUGGAGGCGCACCCAGCACCCCGAUGCGAUCAAGCUUGAUACGGGCUGCGACUCCCAGUGGCACAUUCUCGCCUCGUUCUUCCCGUGGCGGAAAGGGUCUCAAUGUCACUCAGAUGUACUCCGAGUACGACCGCAUGCGGACCACUCUUGCGACCAAGCAGAAAGAAAACGAAGAACUCAAGCAUGCUCUCGAUGAAAUGUGCAUGGAACUUGAAUCAACCAGACCUGAAAUUGAGGAAGCACGUGCUGAGCAAACUCGCCUCGACCACGCAGUCGUGGAAAUGUCUACGCUCCUGGAAGUGGCUGGAAACGAACGUGAUGCCGCUCAAAAGGAGGCCCGCAAAUGGCAAGGUCAAGUCCAGGGUUUGGCACGCGAAGGCGAUAUUCUUCGCCAACAACUUCGAGAUCUCAGCGCAGAGGUCAAGGUCCUUGUUCUAGAGGUUGCCAUCGCCAAGCAUGGAGAAGACUACGAUCGCGAGGAACUAGAAAAGAUCGCUCGUGGUGAGGUGGAGGACUCUGCGAAGGAGCUAAAUGAAACUGGCCGAUUUAUCAGCCAGCAUCUCACAACCUUCAAGGAUCUGCACGAACUUCAAGAACAAAACCACACCCUCCGGCGUAUGUUACGCGAGCUCGGCGAUAAGCAGGAGGGUGAAGAGGCACAAGCGAAGGAAGCUGCUCGACAAGCAGAAAUUGAUGAGCUCAAGGAGCUUCGGACCCGCGCUCAGACCAACCGUGACGAGAUUGCAAACCUCAGCGCACAGAUGCAGAGUUACGUCAAGGAGCGUGAUACUUUCCGCAGCAUGCUAAUGCACAGAAAGCGGACUGAUGAUGAUCCUUCAGUCUUUUCUCAAUCUAUGCCCCUCGGUGCUGCCCCGGGCAGCAUCGAAAGCGCCGGGCCCGACUACGCCGAGCUUCUCCGUAAGGUCCAGACUCACUUUGAUACCUUCCGCGAGGAGACAACAACCGACCACAAGGCACUCCGGCAACAGGUCAACGAGCUGUCUAGAAAGAACAGCGAGUUACUUUCUGAUGUCAGCCGCGCGAGCAGUCAGCACGCCGCCGCGUCUCAGCGUGCAGAGCUUCUCCAGAGUAAUUUCAAUAUGUUGAAGACUGAAAACACCGAGCUUCAAAAACGCUACUCUGCUCUCUUUGAAACCGCGAACCGACAGGAUCUCCGCACACAACAAGCCGCUGAAGACCUCGUCGAGGCCAAGGGUCUAGUGGAGAGCCUCCAGAGAGAGAAUGCCAACCUGAAGGCGGAGAAAGACCUAUGGAAGAACAUUGAGAAGAGGCUUAUCGAUGAUACCGAAAACUUGCGUAAUGAACGAGCUCGUCUGGAUUCACUCAACGGUAAUCUCCAGACUAUACUCAACGAACGCGAGCACACAGAUUCCGAAAGCCGACGUCGCCUUCAAGCCAGCGUUGAGUCACUCGAAAGUGAACUGCAGACUACGAAACGCAAGUUGAACGACGAAGUUGAAGAAUCGAAAAAGGCAAACAUGCGACGCGAGUUUGACCACGAGCAAAGCCAGAAGCGUAUCGACGAUCUAGUAACAAGCCUAAGCUCUGUGCGCGAGGAGCUGGUGGCUGCCAAGACCACCCGUGAUCACCUUCAGUCUCGUGUAGAUGAGCUCGCUGUGGAGCUCAAGAGUGCUGAGGAACGUCUGCAAGUCUUCCAGGCCCGACCCAGCACCACGACCGAACCCUCUGCCGAGGGCGAGGAUGGUAUCGAUGGAUCUGGUCUCACUCGUGAGCAGGAACUUGGGAUUGAGGUUUCGGAGCUUAAGCGUGACUUGGAGUUGGCCAAGGGUGAACUCGAACAUGCGAAGCAAUUGGCUGAAGACUACCAGGCUAUCAGCCAAGCUAGUGAAGAGCGCCUGGAGUCUGCCACCGAAACACACGAGCAAUAUCGGGAAGAGACCGAUCGUCUUGUGGAAGAAAAGAACACAAAGAUCCAAGACCUCGAAACCCGUGUUGAAGAGAUCUCCGCUGAACUCUCUACUUCCAACAAUGACAUUUCCAAACUUCGCGAGGAACAAGCUGAGGCUCAACACCGCCUCGAGGAACAGAAAGCCAACUUUGAGUCUGAGCUUUCUCGCCUCAAGGAUGACAAUGAGCGACAUGUUGCCGCUACCCAAUACCACCAGGAAGACCUGAAGGCACAGGCCGAGAUCGCUCAACAUGCCCAGCAAAACUACGAAAGCGAGCUUGUGAAGCAUGCUGAGGCUGCCAAGAACCUGCAGAUUGUUCGCGCAGAGAGCAACCAGCUGAAGCUCGACAUUGCUGGGUUGAAGACACAGUGUGAAACCUACAAGACCGAUCUUUCUCAGAAGGAAGCAAGCUGGGCGGAGCAACGUGCCACCUACGAGGGUGAGCUUUCUGAGCUGCAGAAGCGCCGGGAGGAGGUUCUUCGACAAAACUCCGUUCUUCACACACAACUUGAAAACAUCACCAGCCAAAUUUCUAGCCUGCAGAAAGACCGAAUGAACAUUUCGGAUGACGAGCAGGACGGUGAACAGGCGGCUCCCAACCUUGAGGGCCUCCAGGAGGUCAUCAAGUUCUUGCGCCGCGAGAAAGAAAUUGUUGAGGUUCAAUACCAUCUUUCAACCCAGGAAAGCAAGCGCCUCAACCAGCAACUCGACUACACGCAGUCGCAGCUUGACGAGAGCCGUCUGAAGCUUGAGCAGCAGCGACGUGCAGCUGCUGACAGUGAUCACAACGCACUCAACCACAACAAGCUUUUGGAAACUAUCAAUGAACUCAACGUUUUCCGUGAGAGCAACGCUACUCUCAGAAACCAGCUCAAGCAAACAGAGGCCGCGCGCGACGAAAAGACCGCUCGUGUGAAUGAGCUGGUCCAGGAAAUCGAACCAUACAAGACCAGGAUCCACGAGCUCGAGAGCCAGCUUGAAGCCAAGGAUGGAGAAAUGCAGCUUCUGCAAGCCGACCGAGACCGUUACCAGCAACGUGUCCAAAAUAUUCUUCAAAAAUAUGACCGCGUCGACCCGACUGAGAUGCAGGAACUGAAGGAGAAGCUUACCAGCCUUGAGACCGAGCGAAGUGAGGUUAUUGCCGAACGUGAUGCCCUUCAGGCUAAGGUGUUGGCACUUGAGACUGAGGUCGCAGAAUUCCCAGAGAAGCAGCAGCAGCAAUAUACUGAACGCAUUCAAGAACUGCGGACCAAGCUUACUGAGCAGUUCAAGGCCCGUUCCAAGGAUCUCAGCGCGCGCACCAAAGCCAAGCAAGAGGAGUUGAAUGUGGUGCUACAGGAGAAGGGGGUCAUUCAAGCGGAGCUGCAAACUACGAAGGAAGAGUUGGAGGCUUUGAAAUCCAAGAUGGCCGAGGCGCCUGUGGCACCAUCGGCGCCCACGGAUGUGGAAAUGACACCAGCGCCGGCUGCCACUACCACUGAGGUUCCUACUGAAGCUACUUCUGUGAACCCUACACCUGCUUCCCAAUUCCCAACAGCGACGGUCUCAGUCGCCAGUCCUGCCAACGCACAACAAAUUCAGGUUCUUGAGCAAAAGAUCCAGCGACUCGAAGCUGCCCUUGCUGAAAAGGAUGGUCUGCUGGCUGCACAGGCUAGUGAGCAAGAUGCGAAGGUCAAGGAGCGUGCCGACCGUGUUAAGGAGAUGUACAACACCAAGCUGAAUGAGCUGAAAGCUGCCCACCGCCAAGAAAUUGAGAAGUUGUCUGCUGGGGAACAGCCUGUCCCUGGAACACCGGGUGUGGCUCCCGAUGCUACUCCAGCAACCCCAUCCAAGACCAUCGAGCUGGCUGGCUUCACUAUUCCCGACCUCACAGAUGCUCAAGCCAGGGAGCUGGUUGCGAAGCAUGAGACCAUUCGGAACAUCGUCAGGAGUAACAUUCUUGGUGGAAUUAAGCGCGAACGCGAGAAGGCCCAACAAGAGGCCCAAGUCACAAGUGGUGUCAACCAAGAAGCACUGGCAGGCCUGGAGAAAAAGUCGAUCGAGGAGAAGGAAGCAUUGAAGCUCGCUCACGAGAACGAUCUUAAGGAGAAGAUUGCAUCGGCUCUCGGACUCGCGGAGAAAAAGACCGCCGCUCGUCUCAGCAUGUUGGAUACUCGAUUCCGAACGGCAAGUGCCAAGAUUGAUGUCGUAUCGAAGGCUGCAACAGAUACACCUCAAAAGCCUGUUGUUGAGGUCUGGGAAAUAGCCAAGGUUGCUCGCCCUGUGCCUGUUCCGGUACCCGCAGCCAAGCCAGUGGCUCCUGCACCUGCGCCUGCGCCUGCAUCUGCACCCCAAGCCGCACCGACCCCCGCCCCGGUCUCAGCCCAGGCCCCAGUAGCGCAAGUCCCUGCUGCUGCUGCAGCUCCAGCGCCGGCUCCGGCUCCAGCUCCUGUGCCCGAAGUCGCCCCGGUGCCUGUGGCUCAAGCAGCCCCAACCGAAACUGCUGGAUCCACUGUCCCUGCACAAGGAGAGGAGCAGGCCACCGCGCCUCCCAAUCCAUUCGGCCAGUCCCAGCAAACCGACCAAGGCCAAGGCCAACAGGCCUCUACCCUACCUAGCAAGCCACCUGGUGGGAACCCGCCUGGGCUCAUGCGAGCCCUGCAGUCUGGCCUGCCAAUCGCCCGAGGUGGGCGCGGUGGCGGCCGUGGCGGCCAGCAAUUCGGCCACGGCCAUCAAAACGACCAAAACCAGCAGCAAGCCCAGCGCGGCUCUGGUGUUCAACGAGGUCGUGGCGGCCGUGGAGGCCAGGGGCCUCGAGGUGGAAACCAGAACCUGAGCGCCUCAGCUCGUCAGUUCAUUCCACAGGGUAACAAGCGAUCCCGCGAAGAUGGAUCAGACGCAGCAGUUGAAGCUGCAAGCGGAGGGAAAAGACAACGAGGUGGUGGUGGUGGUGCUCAGCAACCUCGUGGAGGUUCUUAG